AUGGCCUAUUUUUCACGUAAAUGGCUAUGUGCUGUUUUGGUUUUGAGUAUUGUUUUUGAGUUGAGUUUAGUGGCUUUUGGUGAGAAGAAGCUUGAUGAGACAAGAUGGGAUGAUGAUUGUAGAGGGAGGAGAGGGUGUGGGGGACGUGGAAGGUAUGGUAAUGGUGGGCGAGGAGGGAGGUAUGGAGGUAGAGGAGGUGGUUUAGGUGGUGGUGGCGGUGGAGGGCUUGGAGGAGGUGGCGGUGGAGGACUUGGAGGAGGAGGAGGUUUAGGUGGUGGUGGAGGGGGAGGUGCUGGUGGAGGUGGUGGCGUUGGAGGAGGUUCGGGUCAAGGUGGUGGAUUUGGUGCUGGAGGUGGUGUAGGAGGAGGUGUUGGAGGUGGUGGUGGUCUUGGUGGAGGUGGUGGAGGAGGUUCUGGAGGAGGGGGUGGUGUUGGAGGAGGAUCAGGUCAUGGUGGAGGAUUUGGAGCUGGAGGAGGUGUUGGUGGUGGUGCAGGAGGUGGAGUGGGAGUUGGAGGUGGUGGUGGUGGAGGGUCUGGAGGAGGAGGUGGUAUUGGUGGUGGUUCGGGACAUGGUGGAGGUUUUGGAGCUGGAGGGGGUGUUGGUGGUGGCGCAGGAGGGGGAGUUGGAGUUGGUGGUGGAGGUGGAGGAGGCUCAGGAGGAGGAGGUGGAAUUGGAGGAGGUUCUGGUCAUGGUGGAGGGUUUGGAGCAGGAGGAGGUGUUGGUGGUGGUGCAGGAGGUGGAGCUGGAGUUGGUGGGGGUGGUGGUGGAGGAUCAGGUGGAGGAGGAGGAGUUGGAGGUGGUUCUGGCCACGGUGGAGGAUUCGGAGCUGGUGGAGGUGUAGGUGGUGGUGUGGGAGGAGCUGCAGGAGGUGGUGGCGGAGGAGGAGGAGGAGGUGGUGGUGGAGGCGGUGGAGGAGGACUAGGUGGUGGAUCAGGCCAUGGAGGUGGCAUUGGAGGUGGUGGAGGAGGACUUGGCGGAGGCCAUGGAAUUGGUGGAGGUCAUGGAGCUGGAGGAGGAGUUGGCAUUGGAAUCGGCAUUGGAGUAGGUGUUGGAGUUGGAGGUGGUUCUGGCCAAGGAGUUGGAGUUGGUUCUGGAUCCGGCAGUGGUGGUGGUGGAGGCAAACACUAG